ACCUAGAUCCACAGCCGCGUGAGUGGUCGCAAGUCAAGAUGCCAGCAUACGGGAGAGGUGGUGCCGGUAACAUCCUCAGUAUCGAGCAGGAGAACGCUCGAGCUUCCGCAGAUCUGGAAGCGAACCAACAGGCCGCAGAAUCUGACCAGAAAGGUCCAUUACCAACAGAUUACCUGGAAAAGAGUGAACAACAGUAUGCACACACCGGUAGAGGAGGUAUGGGCAAUUAUUAUAGCCCAAGAGACCUGAGUGAAACGGGCCACUUUAACGAUGCUCAUCGCUCGCAUAUCCUUGGCGAGGGCACCAGUGCGCCUCCGGCUACUGGAGACAGUACUGGCAAUGGUCCACCAUCGUACGGCGCUGGCCCGUCUGAUAUCGAGCCCCCUAGGAAGCACGGUAGGGGUGGAGCUGGGAACUACGCAUUUGGGGUAUCCGAGAGCGAAGAGCGCGCUGCGCAGAGAAGGCUCGAACAGGAGAAACGACAAGAGCAGCUCAAGGCUGAUAUCGAAAAGGGUGUCAAAGAAUCUCUGGCUGCGCCUCCAAAGGCGAAAUUACCAGGCGGCAAUCCGUACUGAGCGUGCCGUUUGCUCCGUCCUUAAUCCAACGCUACGACCCGGCUUCUGCCGCGGUCUUUGCGCAAAUAUGUCCACGCCAACACCGCGUACCCAGCCUACAGAUCCUAGGAUCGUUCUUGGCAAACUGUCUUACCUAUCAAGGACAUGUGCUCCAAGCUAUUGAGCAGUCGCCCCAAUAGUGGUUUCAUACCGUGGCAAGUCUUCCGCCGUGCCGGGAGCUGGUAAGGGCGUGUUCACAAACAACUUGUGAAGCGCGCCGGCUGUCGCAUCGAGCAAGCCUUGCAAUACCAAGGACCAAGGCUUAGGCGUCGACCAAGCAUCGCCCUUCAACAACGGCGUAUACUCGCCAGAUGGGUGUCUACGAACCAGCAUCGCGUAUUGCCAAGGAGGCCGCUCAAUCGGAGGCUCCUUCGCCGCCAGUCGUGGCUUGGAGCAGUAGAUGAUGUCGAAAGCAUCUUUCUGAUUCUGAGACGGGAACAGCACACCGGCGUUCGC